AGGAACCUGUUUCGCCAAGUCCGGACUCUGUCACAUCUGAAUCGUUAUGCCCUGAGCUGGCAGUGAUAAAACUCUUGUCCAAUGGCAGCUUUACUUGACAGCUACUACGUGGAACCAGAUUAAGGAUGCUACUAUCAGUGGUACAGAAUCAUGGACUGUACCAUCUCUCCUACGUCCUCCUCGUCCUAUCAACCCUUUCAGCUAGCGUCGUCGGGCAAACAUGUAUGAACUAUGGUGAAACUUCCCCAUCUAACACUUCGAGCUGUCUUUGUCCUCCGGGCUUUGGAGGUGCUACUUGUGCACAACCAGGAUGCGGUGGCACCAUAUUUGAUGGAUCGAAUCGCUCUUUAGCUCAACCAUCUACGUCCUCGUCUGGCUUCGCGAACUUGACCGCGUCCGAUUGCACCUGCGAAAGCGGAUGGGGAGGAGUGGGCUGUAAUGUUUGCACUACCUCUUCAGCAUGCCAGGUCGCGUAUGCUGCGGUCAAUGGCAAUGCAAGUGCAACCUCGGGGCUUGAUGGUCCAACUGGUUUGAAUGACACUAUGGUUUGCAAUACUGCCCCUACUGUGUGGGCAGCUAGUGAACUUAGCUGUCAAGUUAAUAAUCCCACAUUGGAGGCACUGUAUCCUCUCCAAUCUACUCUGAACAUUCUCCGUACUUUGAACAGCUCGCUAUCACCCUUGCACAACACCAGCGGGACGUUAUUGUCGCCCUCCACUAGCUCCUCUAUCUACGCUCAGCUUAUGUAUGCUGGCGUCGAGCAAUUCUUUUGCACUGCUUCGCCUUGUACCCAAACAUUAUCCAACACCACCACCAGUUCGGGAAAUACUACCUCGAGCACCUGGACGUGUCAAAAUCUUUCAUGUACCUGUAUCCAAAAUGCCACAUUCUGCGGUGGUGUGCCGGUCUCAAACCUCACAAGCACCAUUGAUGGACUCACCGGGACAUUGAUAGUUGCGUGCGAUGGCACUAAUACCUGCCAUUUUCAACAGGAUACCAUCAAUUCAGUAUUCGGAAGUCAGGGUUUAUCCAUGGAAGGCUGCGUCUUUGGUGAAUGUGUCACUCAGGCCGUCAUCGACACGACAAACGCCACUUCUUCUGGUGCAGCUGCAUCGGGUGAAACUGAACUAAGCGGGGGAGUUAUUGCAGGACUCGCUGUUGUCGGGGUAAUAAUUGUGUUUGGGCUAGUGGUUGUAGCGUGGGGUUGGUAUGUCCAACGAGCGGCGAAAAAGUUACCUUUCAAUGGAGGCCAAAGCGGCGGAAUAGGUGUUCGGUGGUCCGAUAUUUCAUAUAUCGUGCAAUCGUCAAAAAAUUCACCGUCCUCCCUGUUUUCCAAAUCUACCAUCCGGGGGGGAAAGAUCAUCCUCGAUAGCGUUAGCGGCAGUAUCGAAUCAGGUCAACUCAUGGCAAUCCUUGGUCCUAGCGGAGCAGGCAAGACUACUCUUGUCGAACUCAUCGCUGGUAAGACAAAAUCAGGCCAAUAUACAGGAUCUAUCGCGUUUCCUCCCUGUGCCCCUGGACACCAUCCAAGGGUAGCUUUCGUCCCGCAGAGUGACGUCCUUCCUUCGAUGUUGACUGUCCGCGAAGCCCUUACAUUCGCCGCAUCCCUUCGCCUCCCCGAAGCUCUUCCUGCAUCCUCAAAGGCAGCGCUGGUCUCCGCCGUCAUUUCCAAACUAGGUUUGGAUGGCAUCGCCGAAACUAGAAUUGGCGCAACUGACGGGACUGGUAGAGGUAUCAGUGGCGGAGAAGCUCGACGCGUUAGCAUCGGACUCGAACUUGUUGGUUGCCCGGAUGUGCUCGUUUGUGACGAGCCCACCAGUGGACUAGACUCAGUCAGCGCCUUCCGGGUUGUCAAUGUGCUGAAGGAACUCGCACGUGAAGGUGGAAUUGCUAUAAGUCAUCAAGGCUCACAUGGACAUCGAAAAGGCGUGGCGGUAAUCUGCAGCGUACAUCAGCCAAGUUCGCGACUUUACCACACCUUUGACUCUGUUCACCUCCUUUCCAAGGGGCGCGCGCUGUACUCGGGGCCGGGCGGAUUAGCACCGGCACAAUAUUUCAUGCGCAUGCGAGAAGGGGGAAGGGCUGGGGCUGAUGUCUUGCCUUAUGAAGAGGGUUACAACGUUGCAGAUUACCUACUUGACAUUGCGAGCGAGUCUCCUGAUAUCCCCGGCAUGCCACUGAGCCACAAUGCGGUUGGAGAAAUAGGGUUAAGUGCCAGCAGCGAGGAGAAGGCCGACGGAGGGAAGGAUGUCGAAGCUCUCCUCUCUACGCAAAAUCUGGCACCGGGCACGUAUGUGGCAACUUUCCUGACGCAGUUACAAGUACUUUGCGGACGCGAAUGGAAAGUUUUGAGAAGAGAUAAGACCCUAUUUUUCACGCACGUGUGUGUCGCCUGCGUGCUCGGUGUAUUUUGCGGUGGUCUGUACUACAAGACUGGUUUGACUAUCGCCGGAUUCCAGGCCAGAGUCGGAUGCCUUUUCUUCAUGGGGUCUCUCAUUGCAUUCUCAUCCCUCAGCGCGCUCUAUAAUAUCGUCGAGAUACGACCCCUCUUCCUUCGUGAGAGGUCAAACUGGUAUUACAGCCCAACAGCCUGGCUUCUUUCACGUCUGAUAUUCGACGUGAUACCCCUUCGCAUUAUACCCACUAUCACUGUAUGCACCAUUACAUACUGGAUGGCUGGGCUUGCACAUGAUGCAGUUCAUUUCUUCAAGUUUCUACUCGUCAUCGUUCUGUACACGCUAGUCAUGACACUCUUUAACUUCCUUCUAGGAACGACAUUCCGCAAUGGCGGGAUUGCGAUCUUGCUUUCCGCUCUUUCCGCACUCUACCAAAUGACCUAUGCCGGUUUCUUUGUCCACCUCGCUUCAAUACCGCCUGUCUUGCGGUGGCUGCGAUGGCUUUGCCCGCUCAAUUAUACCCUUGAAGCUAUUUCAGUAAACGAAGUAAGUUCAGGACUGAUGAUCAAGGAUACCUUGCAAGGCGUACCCGUCAAUGUAUCAGCGACCCUCAUCAUGCAGCUACUGUUUGGUUUUGGAUUAAACAAUUAUUAUAGAGAUAUUCUUGUGCUCUUCGCCUUUAUAGCUGGGCUUGGUGUUGCUGUUAUCGCUAUGGUCUGGUUGAAGGUGCGCGAGAGGCGGUGAUGAUCGCCUUGUGAACAAGUUGCUUGCGCAGUAUUUGUUAUAUGUUAGGACCGUUGACUUGGUUUUUCUACUCAGUUCAUCGUUAAUACAAUAAGUUUUUUCUCGACA